CUCAGUCUAAGUCUGAAUAUAACCUUAAAUUUUAUCUAACAAACGUAAAUAAUUAAAUAUGUACAUCAAAUAAUUAUUUAAUAAGAGAAUAUUGUCGAAUAUGAUUUAAUGAAAUUCAUUCUAUUUAUAUACACAUAUAUUGAUAUCACGUGUUACAAAAAAAUCAUAUCAAAAUGAAACUUUCACGAGUCUUAUAUAGGCAACAUAUUGGGUUUAUGUUCAAAAAACAUUGGCUAGUUCAAGGCAGCCGCGUACCAAUUGAUACAGGCGUAGAAAAGUAUUUAAAAGAAAAGGGAAUUAAAGUGGAAGAUGCAUUGGAGUUUAUAAAGGAAGAACCAAGGACUUUUGACAGAAUCUCUGUCAUUGGAGCAUAUGAACCUCCACUUCCAUUAAAUGAAAAUCAUCCAGAAUAUAAGGAAAGACCAUGUCUGACAUUGAAAAGUACUAAUGUUUUGUUGGAAGGGAUUAAUCAGGCCCAAGUUCUCACCAAAACAAUUAUUGCAGAAGAUCAACUACCUCGCAGAAUAGAAGAAUUAGCUGAACUACCUGCUCCCAAAGCUAUUCACGAAGGUGUUAAAAAGGCUAUUUUAAGUGCAAAUGUCUUUGAUACUGAACAGAAAAAAUUACCAAAAAAAAAGGACAAAGAAAGACCUGCAUACAACUUUCCAAGAAUAUUAGGAAUCACAGACAGAAGGAGAAAUGAAAUUUUAACAAACAGAUUGAUACAACUAAUUGAAAAGAGUAGUGACAUAGACAUCACACAAAACAAGUAUGUAAUAAAUAAUGUUGAACACAGAUCUGUGUUUGAUAAAGAAGAAGAAUUGAUCCAGUUCCAAGAUGUUUCAAAUAUAUUGGUGACAAGCAAUAAGCCACUGAAACAUGAUUUGGACACUAGCGAUGUGCCAUUUAUUGAGAUACCUGAUCUUUUUCCUGUAAAGCACACUGUCACAUUACCUCCUGAGCAUUUCUAUGAAGAGAAGAGUCGAUAUCCCAUUCUACCAAGUGUUUUAAAAAAGUACCCCCACACCACCUGGCUGCAUUUCAAUGAGACUGAAGUUAACAACAUUUAUGAAACACCUGUCACACCAGCACAAAUCCUUGGAAGAUCCUUGACUCAUGCAUUCACCGUGGCAUCAGCAUUUGCCAAACAACUUUAUGGGGAAGACGUAAAAGAUUUACAUGAGCCUAUUCAUUUGAACUGCAUUCAAACAGAUGGGAAGCGCUUUCAUUUUGGAGUGUUUGAGCUGAAUACAUUAAACGUUGAUGGCAACGAUGGCACAAAGAAUAUAUGGUAUUGUAAAAAUGAUCAAAUAUUGUACGACUCGAGUCGUUAUUUCAGCGGCAUGCCAUCUUUAGAUAAUUACAACCCAAAAGUAUACGGUUACAUUAACGCCUUUUACAAUUGUUAAUACAAACGGUUGAAAUUUAUAGAAACAGUGUAUUAAAUAAUUUAGCUUA